CGCCCCUCGGGAGCGACGGGAGGGCCCGGCCCGGCGGGAAGUGCGCGCGCCGGAGCCGGGAUGCGCCGGUGCCACCGCCGGCGGCGGCGGAGGCAGGAAGGGGGCGGGCCCUGAGGGCGAGGGCGCGGUCCCCAGGCGGGCGGGGCCGUGAGCAGACCCGGGCGGUGCUUCCCCCGCGGCGGGCGCGUCCCGCCCCCCGGUGCGGGGGCAGGGCUGGGGUCGUGCCAGGGCAGCGAGGCGGGGGCUGAGCGGGGUCUGUGUCCACAGGUGAGCCCAGUGCGGAUGCGGCGGCCGGGCGAGGGGCAGCGCCGCGGUGCCCGGGCGGUGCCGAGGAGCCGGCCCGGGGCGGGAGACAUGGACUCCGGCGGGGAUCUCCCGGCGGAUCGGCCCGCCGCCCUUCGGAGCGGGAUGGAGGAGCCCGACAAGGAGGGAGAUGGUGCCGGAGGGAAGACCGCCUGGCAGCAGAGCCUGAGUCCCGAGCUGCAGCAGGGAUACCGAAUCCUGCGCGAGUUCCUUCUAGAGAAGUACCGGCCUCUGACGGCGCCGUUCCUGGAGCCCCUCGCGGAUCAGGCAUCCUUCGGAGAAGAAGGCGCCGGCUCCCCCUCGGGCCAUAAGAGCGGCCAGUCCCUCCAGCAGUUGCCAGCUGGAAUAUGGCUGUUGAAGAUGGAAGAGAAAUUUUCCAGUGGGCAGUACACAGGGAUAGCAGAUUUCGUGUGUGACUUCCGGCUUAUGCUGGAGACUUGCUACCGGCUGCACGGUGUGGAUCACUGGCUCUCCAAACAGGCCCAGAAGCUGGAGAUGAUGCUGGAACAGAAGUUGGCGCUGCUGUCCCGGCAUUUAAGAGAGAAAACAUCAUUAGCUGUCACAUCUAGAGGAUGCUAUGGGCAGGAAGAUGAGAAAGGAACAGCAUGCAUUUCCACAAGACGUCGUUCCACACCUCGCAGUUUAGUAGGCUUGUCAACAGGCAUGUUUGAGUCUGUGAUGGUUCAGGUUCUAAGACAAGAGGAGCAGCUGAGAGCAAAAGAGGAAAAGAGGCAGAGAGAUCAAGAAAGAAAAGAAGCAGAAGAAGCUAGUCAGAAAGAAAUAGAAGAAUGGGAAAAAUCACUUUUAGCUCAAGCAGCACCUACAAGGAUGGAGACGAUGUGGGAGAUUCCAGCUAUUGGUCAUUUUCUUUGUUUGGCACAACAGAUUUUAAAUUUACCUGAAAUAGUAUUCUAUGAAUUGGAACGCUGUCUUCUGAUGCCUCAGUGUAAUGUUUUUUUAUCUAAAAUAAUGACUUCUUUGUUAAGUCCUCCUCAUCGCAGAUCUACAUUACACCGCAGGCCAACAUUUUCUUACAGGACUUGGGAAGCAGCACUGAGAAAGAAAGUACAACACUGGUAUACUGUUGUAGGGCAAACCGACAAUCCUAAUGGCGCUGCAGAAAAACUUGGCUUAUGUCCCCAGUUUUUCAAAGUGCUCGGGGAAGUUAAUCCCUUGGAGGAAAAACCAUUUCAUGAGCUACCAUUCUACCAAAAAGUGUGGCUGCUAAAAGGUCUCUGUGACUUUGUGUAUGAAACACAAAAGGAUGUUCAGGAUGCAGUGCUAGGUCAGCCUAUCCAUGAAUGCAGAGAAGUAAUUCUUGGUUAUGACUGCUUGGAGAAUGCGUAUGUUCAUUUUCCACAGUUCUGUGGUGCAGAUGUUCGGAUUUACAAACAAAAACCUUUUCAGGCUCCUGAAUUUCCAUCUCUUCCCAUCAAAGUUAAAAAAGUACCACGUGUUAAAUCGGAAAGAGUAAAACAUGAAUAUGUAGCCAAAAGCAAUGGGGAGGUCAGUUCUGCUGGUAGAGAACUGCUACAUCCUUCCAAGACAGAAGUAGAGAAAAGUGUGGACUCUCUUGUUGUCUGUCCAGAAAAAACCCUACAUUUAGGCACCUUUAGAAUCCCUACCGGGGAGAUAAACUGUGAAAUCAAAGACUCAAGAGUCUGUGACAUCAAGAAAACUGUUUGUUAUAAAGAGAACUUGAGGAAUUUGAUUACUUCAGGAGAGAUUGUUGGUGUGGGUGGUGACUCUAGUUCAAGAGAAAUAACAGAUGGGGAGAAUGGACAAGGUUAUCCUGAAAUGGCCAGACUAAGGUCUGAUAUGAGUCCCUUCAAGGAGAACACGCUGAAAGCUUGCCAGGUGCAUGUCAAUGGCACUUACAAUGAUUACCAAGACACCAGUUACCAUGAAUCUGCUAAAGAAACAGUGCUAGAGAACUCAUUGCGAAAUAAUAAGAAACUAAAUAAGAUACUAGCAAAAAAGAAGAAAAAGAAAAAAAAGAAGUUGAAGGAUAUUCUAAAUGAAAAUCUACAGAGAAAACUUGAUGACCUGCAAAGAAAACGUGAGAUUCAUCUUCAUCCAUUCAAAUCUUAUAAAUCUGAGCUCCAGAACAAGUUGUUUAUAAUUAAAAAGAAAGCAAAACACAAGAAGCACAAAUCUGGAAAAAAAUCACUAUCUAAAAAAGCAAUCACAAAGAAGAGGAAGGGUGUCAGAAAGUCUACCAUACCAGAAUUUCAGCUUAUUUGCACUAAUCUUGAUGAACUCAGGGAAUUAAUCACAAAGAUUGAGAAUGAACUCAAAGAUCUGGAGGACAUUAAAAAGAAAUCGGGAAGAUGGUACCACCGGAAGCAAGCAGUAAAGGAAUUGCAUGGUACGUUGUUACGACUGCUUAAUGAACUGUUACCAUGGGAACCAAAGCUAAUUAAAGCAUUUCAAAGAAACAGGUCUAGAUUGAAGAAGGACUAUGAUGACUUUAAAAGACAUCCAGACCAUGAUAAAUUUACCAGAGAAUUGUGGAGUAAUGAUGAAAGCGAAGUUGAUUCUGGCAAAGAAUCUUUUGCAGUAGUAUGCGGUAAACCAUCAGAGUCUGCAGAACAUAUAGAAGUUCCCAAAAAAGAUCACUCAGACAAUGAUGAAAUGAAACUAUUAGAGAUGAAUUUACCUGCAGGAAAAAACAGAAUUCUGAAAAAAGAAUCAGCUUCUAAAGAAAUCCAGAAGACACUGCCCAAAUGCAUUAAACGACAGUUCAAGCAAAAUAGUUGUCUGGAUCAAAGCACUAAUGAGCUCUCACCAAGGAAGAAAGCUAAACUGAGCACUGUUGAGACUGUAGUUCAGAGUUCAGAAAGUAGCCUGCAGCCGGAUAGUUGUUUAACUGAGCUAAAACAAUUUGAAGGAUCAAGUUUAGAGUUGUUUUCCUUGACAGAUCCUACAACAUCAGUAUCAAACUUUCUGAAAGGGACCAAACCCAUCCAGGCCUUGCUUGCCAAGAAUACUGGGAACAAAGUGACCUUAACAAAUCAACCAUCGCCUCCCCCAGGCAUAAAUGUAUCAACUUCUGAAAAGUCAGUUUUACCACCUUUGGAAUCAUCAGUGAUCAAACCAGCAUUGCCCUGCCAGGCCAGUUCAAAGACUCCCUUACAAAUGGUAUACAAAAUGCCAAAUGGCCAUUGUGUACCAAUAGACCUUCAUAAUAACUCAGUGAAACUUCAAAUGCAAACUGUGACUGACCCUAAAACUGGAGAAAAAGUCAUGCAACAAGUUCUUAUUUUACCUAAGAAUUUUCUUCUUCAGCAGCAGGAAGGAAAAAUUGUGUCCAAGGAUGUUCAGCCACUACAACAGAAAUCAUCUGAGCUGCACUGUACAUCUUUACCAAAAGUGUCAAAUAUCAGUGUUUCUUUAACACCUGUUCUGGUGACAGGCUCUGCAAAUACUACCACUCAGUCACCUACUACAGUUUUUAGCAAGAAUAUUACCCACUCGUCACAAGUGUCUGAUCCCAUGAGCAAUACACUAUCAUUGCCUGACGUAACUUCAGCAGGUAACUUACUAUCAUCAAAAAUUAAGGUGAACCAAACUGAAACUGACAAAAUCAAGACUACAGUUUUGACUGCUACAUUCCCCGUGUCUUUGACUUCAUCUACUCCUUCCACAGCUAGCCAGUCCUUGAUACCAGCAACAGCAUUAAGUGGGUCUGCGAACACUGAUUCUACCUGUCAUAGUCUUGCAUCGCAGCAGCCAACUGACUCCUGUGAAAAUAGGCAAGAGUUGAAGACUGUAUGUGUAAGAGAAUCACAAUCUAUUCUGGUCACAACACGAGGUGGAAACACAGGCAUUGUUAAAGUACAGACAAACCCAGACCAGAUUUCACCUAGUAGUUCAUCUUCUAGUUCAGUUUUCACUUACACUUCUCAACUUCAGGCCUUUCUUGUACCAAAAACCACAGCAUUAUCAUACUCUACUUUUCCAUCUCUAGCAACAGCCACAUCUGGUUUCCCACAUACUGGACAAUCAUCUCUUUCUGGAUUUGCCCUCUCAACAGCUUCUUCUGUUAACAUUCCAGCUUUCCCAGCUGAUUUUACCCAGGCAAUGGAGAAAAAUAUCAAAUUCACACUACAGCAGCCUCCUGUUGGGGACACUUCAGGUCAAGUAAUAGAGAACUUCUGCUGUGUGUCCUCUCCUUUGUCUUCCAUUUCAUUAGCUAGCAAUGUGAUGUCCACAACUCUAAACAGUCCUGUAAGUGUGACUAGCACUGGACAAAAUAAUGCUGUCGUAACUCCAAAUUCUUCCAUAGAGCAUCAAGAGGAUACUAAAACCAAAAAAAAUUCUGUUAUACAGUCUGAGUCUAAUUCAGCAACAAGUGCGGAUUUAGUCAGUGGUACUCCAGUCCAGAAAUUUACAUUAGUUACAAAUUCACCAAUUUUAUCUCCCUCUGGAGCAUCAGGAGUCAGUAUUAUACCCUCUCCAGCAUCCACUGCUGUUAAUGCUCAGAAACUGGUUUUUGUUAACACACAAAUUGCCAGUGGCCCAUCAACCACCAAUCUAGUUGCAGAGUCAUUGAGACAGAACCUUCCUUCUUCCCUAACCAAAACCUUUGUUAAUGCCACAGAGAAACCACAUUUGGUUUUGAUCCCAUCUACGAUAGGAGCACCAAUAAGAAUAAAUUCAUCACCAACUAUUGCUCAAGUAAAAGAUGUAAAAAUUGGACUAAAUAUAGGUCAGACCAUUGUAAAUACUAAAGGCAAUGCACAGGAGGCCCCACCAGUUAAUAUAUUGCACUCUACCAUUUCUAAAGGAGAAGACAAAAAAAGCACUGGCUUGGCGCUGUCUUUGACAAGUAGCAGUACUGUGGUUCCUGCUCCAGCUUUUGCUGUGUCAGCUAAUGAAUCUGUAUGUGUUGCAACAAAAGCUGAAAAUGCCUUUACAGUAACAAUGGCACAUGCAUGUGUAGAAUCUGUUUCAGUAGCACCAAGUGGGACUACUUCUGGGACACGGUCCACUGUCUUGACUGGUGGCAAUGAUCCCUCAAGAAUAAGGCCGGUUCUGGGUAAUCGACUUUGUACGUCAAAUAUUGGAAAUAUGGGUAUAUCAACUGUGAAAACAGGACAUCUUGCUUCAUCUGUGCUGAUUUCAACCACACAACCAACAGUAUCUCCUCAAAACUUAGCAUCUGCUUUGCAAUUUCCAUUCAUUAGCUUGCCUGGAUCUGCAGCCGCCCCCCAAAAGGUGUUACAUACAGUUCCUCAGUUAGCAACAAUUCCAGCUCCUCUUCUAGUAUCAAAAAACCAGUUGCCCACACUGCCUCGGUUUCAGUCAUCAGGAACUUCAGUUGGUAUGUCAAGUCACAAACCUCAGAGUGUGUUGCCCUCUCUGUCACCAAAUACAGAUGAAGGCAAUGAAGUACUGAGUUCUCAUAGCAACAUGGAGGAAUUGGGAAUAGAAUCCUUGGUCCCCUGAACUCCUUCCAGCAUCCCAUCCAUUACUAAAGGUUUCCUGCACAAAUUCUUAUUUCCAGAGUGGGAAAGGAGGGAAGACACCUUUUAAGGGCACUGUUGGUUCUAGCUGCUCAUGAAAUCGAAAUAUACAUCAGAUUUCAAAACUCCUACCACUAGCACCCUCAGAUAAGGGCUCUGAGUUGCUGCUGGAAGAGAACCAUAAAGUCAUACCUUGUAGGAAGCCAGUCGUUACAUACAUCCAGACCAUGUUGAAUCCAAAAAAUCCCAGUGCCAUUCCUGAAAAAGCCAGGAGUCCUCCAGUGAUCACAACUGCCCGAUGGGUGUAUCGUGCACAUAAUGAACUGGCAACAGGGGCUGGAUCAGUAGCAAAAUUGGAGAAAGAAAAAUACAUUAGGAACAUUAAGCUGAUUGACAUGACCAAAUAAUCAAAUAAAUCAAAUAAAGUACCCUUAUAACUCUUGUCUCAAGCAGACUUAAUUCUUCUGGAUGGAGCAGAACAUCAGUUGCAAUUUCAAACUUGGAUCCUUACUGACAGGGAAAUGACUGUCCCUGGUGCUCAGAUUUUUAAAUAUAUUCAAAAUAUGUAAUCUUUUUUAAAGGGAAAGAGCAUUUCAGUGCCUUCCUUGCAGGACAGUUCUACUGAAUUUCAUAUAAGGAUAUACAACUAGCAACGUGACAGAAACUAGUGUACAAUUUUAGCAGGAAGUGAAACCUCAAUUUUAUUAUUGAGACUGUGUUAUUGAUAUGGUUGGCACGGAAACUUUCUGGAGGAAAAUAACCUUUGCUAGUUUUGCAAAAUCAUAUCUUUAAGGAAUUACAAAAGUUUACGAAGGACAAAAAAUCAGUGUUUAUUUUGUGGUUAUGCUUUUUACAGAAAAUUUGCAGUUCAUUUCUUAAAUCUUUAUUUUAGGAGUACAGUUUCAGCAGAGUGCAGGGACUGUUCAGCAUGAGGGAAAAAAUGCAGUAAGUACAGAUCUGACAGGGCAGCAACUUCUUUAUCUCUAUUCACUAUCUAGAAGCACCUGAAAUGUCAGGGAUAUUUUUGUUUAAUUAAGGAUCAGUAAUAUUGCCUCCCUGUUUUUCCAUCAGCAUCACAGAGAUGAGGUCAAGGCCGUAAGACUUCUUUAAAUAGCCUUGGCCACUAGGGGACUCCCAAGUACCACCUGGCAUCGGUCGGCUCCCUUCAAUACAUUAAUGUUCUGGGAACUGGAAUUCAGUUAAUGAGGACCAUGCUUGUAAGCUGAAAUAAGUAGGAAGACAAUGAAGAGAGGGCAGUCAGUAAGGAAGGUUUCAUAGUAGUUUGUAGGGGCAGGCUGUUCUAGGUUCACUUGUAUUAGGAUCAGAAUUAAGAGAUUUUGGUAGCUAGGAUGAGUGAAAUAAAUCUGGUAGAGUAUAAUGGCUGCAAAAUGUGCAGGAUGUACAUUGUCUGCUGGCAGACAGACCUGGCAGAAGUUAUACAAACCCCAGAUGUCUCAUCAGAAUUUACAGCAAAAAUAUGAUGAUUUUAUAAACAUGUAAAAAUUAUACCAAAAUUCAGUCAUGGUCUCUAAUAUGUAGUGGAUGAGACAUGAUAAAGCAGAUACAGUUGGAGAAUCAUACAUUAUGAUGAGAAAAAAAAAAAGAGAGAGAAAAGUAGACUUAAGAUAACUUCCAUGAAAGUACUUUAAGACAAGAGAGAGAUCUGCAGUUGGAGCAGAAAUACUACCAAAAUCCAAUUUUUAAAUAGUGAAAAAGGAGGAUAGGCAGAAAUUGAACAUGGGGUAGAAGGAGAAGGAAAGAAGCUAACCACAGAACUAGAAAUGGGAAAAAUAGCUAGAUUCCACAGUCUGAAAGGGUAAAGAGUAACACACAGAAAACUUACAAGAAAUGAAAAGGGAUUAUAAUCACAGUGCAAAGAGAAAGGUGAUGGGACGUGUACAUCAGUACCAAGAGAAAGCCUGUGAAUGUGAUGGGGAGAACCCUUGCUCUGGUAAACUGAACAGCCUGUUGCAAGUGCAAACCCUGGGAGUAGAAGCACAUGCUCUCCUUCCAUACAAGAACAGAGCUGAUGUUGGAAGGAUCCAGACAGGACAAAAUAAUAAUUCAGUGAUCAUCCUUCAUACUGAACCAAAUGACACUGAAGGUUUCCCAGAAGAACACGAUAAGAAAGACUAAGCCAGGCCCGGAAAGAUGCUCAAAGAACUGGAGGUUCAGAUGAUCUUAAGCAGAAAGUCUUCUGGUCCCUGUAAAUGAAGCAAAGGCAGGAGAAGAUGAGGACAAUUACAUAAUGACCUGAAACAUUAUAAACUGCUAUACAGAGGGGUUUUGGAACAUUUGGUCAUCAAGCUGUAUUCACUGAAAGAGGGUUGUUUUCAUCUCAAAGGAUGAAAAACAAUUUCUGCUGAAAAUUAUAGCUGCCUUCUUGGAACUAGGCUGGUCUCAGACCUGGCUAGGCAAAUACAGUUUUGCUGGUUUAAAUUUGAUAUUAUUAAUAUGCUCUAUUCCUUGAUACAUUCCUAUAUAAUGUAAAUAUGUGUUAAAACCAAACCAAAACCUAACUAAAACAGGACUUUGAGUUCUUUUAUCCUCUUACUUUGUUUUUUUUUUCUCAUUAAGUUUGUAUGCCUGAAUGACAAAAUAGUGUCACAGUAGGUAUGUGAUAAGUCUAAUUUGUAAACCAGAUUGAUAGAUUUAUUCGUUUCUGUGGUCUGUGAAGCAAGUUUUUCAAUUAUUUUUUUCAAUUAAUUAUUUCUGUCACUGCAAAACAGGCAGCAAGGAUAGUAGUUUAUGGAACUCAUAAAAUCUUUGCAACUCAUCACUUGCUUUAUCCUUUGACUUUGGAUUAUUCUUUGAUUCUUCUGAAUACAUGUUUUAAAGAAAGAUCAGUUGUUCAUGAUGUUUGGAAGUACUGCAAUUCCAAGCGGUAAUACUGAUAGGUGUGGAAUGAGUAGGAUGCAUAUAAUUAUAUAGUGUCUAUGCAAUGAAAUGUCUUCACAAACAAAAUUAUGAUAGCAUUUAUUACGUAAGGAUAUUUACCUAUUACAACCAUAUCUGUAUGAGAAUAUGCAGAGCAGACUUCACAAAUUCUGUACAUUUCAAGCCUGCACAUGUUUAGAAUCAUCAUCAUCAUGUGAAGGAUCAUGCAGUUUACAAGGGCGCAAAGGACUCUCUUAACAACCAAGCUGAGUCGAAUGCAGUAUGUUUUCUAUUUUCCUCCUUCAUUUGGUGAGAUAUGGUAUUUGGCCUGCUUCCAUAGCUCAUUGCCUUUGACUGGGAUAGUUCACUCUCUCUUCCCCUACGCUCUGCUUGCAUGAUCUUAUCUUUCUUGUGCUCUGAGUGAACUGAUUUUUUUUUUCUUUUUAACUCUGUGAGUUUUCUGUUAGAUAAAUGACUUGCAAUCAUUCUAAAGGGGUUAAA